CCGGCGGGGCCGCGGCGGCCGCAGGAUGCAGCGGUGGCCGGUGCUGCUCUUCCUGGCCUGGGUCUGCCUCCUCUUUUUCGCUGGAAUCGGGCUGUUCAUGAGCGGUUUCCUGCUCACCCGGAUCGAGCUCCCCAGCAGCAGUUCCUGCUCAGACCCCCUCCUGCCGCCACCCUGGGAGAGGCAGAGCCUCCCGCCGGGCUCCUGCUGGGCGCCCCAGCGCUUUUCCAAGGCUGUGCUGGUCAUCAUCGAUGCCCUCCGGUUUGAGUUUGCCCGCUUCAACCCAGCCAAGGCCAGCCCGCUGCCCUACGAGAACAAGCUGGGCUUCCUGCACCACCUUGCCACCUCCCAGCCCCGCCAUGCCCGCCUCUACCGCUUCCGCGCUGAUCCCCCCACCGCCACCAUGCAGCGCAUCAAGGGCCUCACCACGGGCUCGCUGCCCACUUUCAUCGACGUGGGCAGCAACUUUGCCACUUACGCGAUCCAGGAGGACAACCUGCUGGCACAGCUGGUGGAGAACGGAAGGAGAGUGGUCUUCAUGGGAGAUGACACCUGGGAAGGACUCUUCCCAAAGAAGUUUUUCCGCUCGUAUUUCUUCCCUUCUUUUAACGUGAAGGAUCUUCACACUGUGGAUGAUGGGAUUCUGCAGCAUCUCUAUCCAACAGUGGACAGUGGUGAAUGGGACAUGUUGAUUGCUCACUUCCUCGGCGUGGACCACUGUGGGCACAAGCAUGGACCUGACCAUCCCGAGAUGGCUAAGAAGCUCACUCAGAUGAACGAGAUGCUCAGGUCCUUGGUGGAUCACCUGGGGAACGACACCCUUCUUCUGGUGGCUGGGGACCAUGGCAUGACAGAGACCGGGGACCAUGGUGGCGACAGCGAGAAGGAAGUGAACGCAGCACUGUUUGUGUACAGCAAAACACCCCUCUUUGGCACAGGCCCUCCAGAGGAGCCUGAGGCCGUUCCCCAGGUGAACCUGGUGCCCACGGUGGCCCUGCUGCUGGGUGUGCCCAUCCCCUACAGUAACAUCGGGGAGGUGAUGGCUGAGCUGUUCUCCGGGGACGGCGAUGCUGUGUCUGCGGCCUUGCAGCAGCUCUCCGUCUAUCACAUCAACGCCAAGCAGGUGGACCGCUUCCUGCACUCAUACUCGCUGGUGGCUCAGGACCUGCCAGCAGAGCAGCUCCAGCGCCUGCAGGAGCUCUUCUCCAGCGCCGUGGAGGAGCACACUCAGCUCUUGGCUCAGGUGCAGGGAGCGACGCUGGUGCCUCCAGAGCUGGAGUCCAGACUGGGAAGCCUCAUCGGUCGCUUCCAGCUCUACCUGCGGGAGGCACGGGCUGUGUGCACCCAGUCCUGGGCCCGCUUCCAUCCCCUGCGAAUGGUGGGGGGCUGCGCCCUCAUUGCUGCUUCCUGCUUGCUCUGCUAUGUGACCUCCGAGCUGGCUGCAGCAUCAGACUCUUUCUAUCGCAGCUGCCUCCUGUACCCGCUGCUUUGGGGCCUCGCGGCGGCUGUUCUGCUCGGGCUGGCCCGUGCCUUCACCCAGGAGGGGCUGGAUCUCCUCCUGGUGUCAGCAUGGGCAGCCGCAGCUUCUCAGCUGGGUUUUUUCUGGCACUGGUGGGGCCGGAACCCCAAGCGAACCCGUUUGGCGGGCAGUCAGCCACCUUUGGCCAGCGUUGGCCUGAGGCAGAGGUUGCGAGCGUGGCUGGGGCUGGCCUUCCCCAUGAGCAUUCUGCUUUUCCGCUGCGGAGCUAUGUUCUCCGAUAGCUUUGUGGUGGCCGAGGCCCGGGUGGCCCCAUUCCUGCUGGCCUCCCUGGUGAUGUUGCUGGUAGGGAAGCUCCACUGGGACGGUCGCCUGACUGUGCCAGAAGGCCCCAAGCAGCAUCUCCUUGGCUUUUCUUCUUACAGAAGAGAGAUCUGGUACCUGCUGUGCCUUGUGGCCACGCUCCUGGUCUGCGUGCGCCUCUCCGGUUUCUUCCACCAGUGCCGCGAAGAAAUCCCUCAGUGCCGGCCCUCUCUUUUCCUCUCCCCCCUUGCCAGCCUGAGAAACACGCGGGCCAAGAACCUCUUCUACCUCCUGUGCGUGGCCUUGCUGGCUGGGCUGGUCUAUGCAGUGCGGAGCUGGCUGCGACACUACGGCAACCUCAACAGCUCGGACCCCCUCGUGCUCUUCGUGCGCUGGGGUUUCCCACUGGUGGUCCUCUGCAUCGCCUGCUACUGGGCCGUUGCCUCCAGCGCUGACGACUCCCUCGGCAAGCUGCAGGAGCUGGUGCAGGUGGCAGUGGUUGCCUUUCCGUGGGCCGUCUAUGGACUAGCAUCCGUGGGGCUGCUGCUCCUGCUGUGCAACCCCAUGACAGUGUUGGCGAAGGACACACGGGAGCCGGCAGGAUCCAUCGUCACUCCCUACCUGGGGGUUCCCAGCUCUGAAGUCGACUUCCUCCACGUCAUCCCUCAGAUCUACAAGAGGAUGCAGGAGUCUCAGAAGAGCCGCCUGGAGCGGGGCAGAUGCAAGGCCACCGUUGCAGCGUAUGGGCUGGGCAGUGUGUACUCGGCAGCCCUGGUCAUAGCACUCACCCUUCUGGGCUUCCUCUUGAUGCUCCUGCACAGUGAGCGGCUGAGUCUCGCCUUCCUUCUCCUCUUCCUGGAGGCCUUCGUGCUGCUGCACAUCCACACGCGUGCCAGGGGCCUUGCUGGAGAUGCUGAGCCUUUUUCGGUGCCCUGGUAUGCAGUCAUCUCCUGGCUCCUUGCUGCUUCGCAGUUCUUCUAUUCCACAGGCCACCAGCCCAUCUUCCCAGCCAUCCACUGGAAUGCAGCCUUUGUGGGCUUCCACUUUGACCACAGCACGAACCUCCUGCCUGCUGUCCUGGUGGGCGCCAACACCUUUGCCUCCCAUAUCCUCUUUGCAGUUGGCUGCCCUCUGCUCCUGCUUUGGCCCUUUGUGUGUGAGAUGCCCAGCUCACAGAAGAGGAAGCCCAAGAAGGAGACCCGGGAGGAGCUGCAGGAGGUGGAGGAGCACAUGAUGGAGAUGAGGCUGUGGGAGUCCCCGGAGAAGUUCUUCACUGCACUGCUGCGGCUGGGGCUGAAGUACCUCUUUGUCCUUGGGACACAGCUUCUGGCCUGUGUUUGUGCAGCUAUGAUCCUCAGGAGGCACCUCAUGGUCUGGAAGGUCUUUGCCCCAAAGUUCCUCUUUGAGUCUCUGGGCUUUGUGGUGAGCAGCAUCUGCCUCCUGCUGGGGAUCUCCCUGGUGAUGCGUGUGGACUGUGCUGUCAGCACCUGGUUCAGCCACCUUCAGCUCAGGUAACGUUGGAGAUGCGGGGAACCUGACCGUGCUCGUCGGCCGAGGCUGUGGUUGUCUCCCUGGGGCCAGGAGGGAUACACGAGCUACCAGCAACGAGUGCCUGCCGACAACAGUCAGGGGUUGUCCCCAGCUCCCUGCCUAAGCACUGCACGAAAGGACCGGAGCCGACUGUUCCCCUCUCACUGCCGUGGUGUUUCUCAGCAGUGGAGAUCAGAGCUCUCGCUGGGCCUCUGUAGGCAGCAGGAGGACUCUGCUACAGGAGCUCAAGAAGCAAGAGUCCUGAAGUGCUCCUCUGGAGAAACACCAACGGGGGGUCUUGCUGCUACUUUCCUGACAGCUGUCCCCACUGUGCAACUGGCCGGCUUCAGUGGACUAACGGGAGGGGGCCUGCUGAGGAGGGGAAGGAAGGGAGGAGAGGGAAGGUCCUGCAGCCACCACUUCUCUUCGUGCUCAGUUGUCAUGCUGGCAUCAAAGUGCACACGGUUACACCUACAGAUGAUUCCCUGGGUCUCGGUGGCAGCUGCUCCUCUGUAAAGUCAGUUGGCAGCUCUGUAGGGAGGGCCCUUCUGCACACCUCUCCCAUUUUCCUUGUCUUCCUCACCCCUACGAAGAGUCCCCCUGUGAAGGGGAUCAGGCUGGGCUGCCUCAUCCAGCCUGAAGUAGGCUCAGCUUUUUUUGGGAGGGUGGUAGCAGGGAGAACCGUGUCCAUGACCAAGAAAACACUCCAGUCGUGGUCUAGGCCUGUCAGUGUCCCCUUGGGCUGGGCUGUAGCAGCUGAGGCUCCCAGUCUCUUCCUGAGCAUGUGCUGCUGGAUGCUGGCUGUUGGUUUUGAAUGGUUGAGGUGCAGCAGGAUGCAGUGACAGAGUCAUCCCCAUACCGGAUUUGGUCAGGAGGAAUGGGGAGUCUGGAGUAGCUGUCCCAACUGUAGGAGAGGCCUUGGUGUGAACUCCGGUGCCUGGGAACUGCUGCUUGAAAGCCCUGAGCGGGCGACAACUCUUCUAGGGGUUGGCUUAACCCAUCGGUAUCUGUGUAGGUGCCUGGUGGUUGUGUCACUUUGAAGGGACCCCAGAAACUGCAGCUGAUGGCAUCUGUGAUCCCACACGUGGUGCUCAUCUCCCCCUUGACCUUGGUGUUCUGUGUGGGAGGUUGUGCCACGAAUGAGUUGCCCCAAACCUGCCUUGGCUGCUCGCAGUCAAGGAGACACCGUGUUUCUUUAUGGGCAGAGGUAGGGAACAGCGACCACGGUGCCUGGCCACAUUCCAGCUAAAUUCCCCCCCGCAGUUCUGAUGGAAGCUGGGGGUUCCUUACUGCCCCGAACCACUGUGUGGCAUUACUUGGUGCUAUGAAACCUUUUGUCUCUUUCCCCUCCGGGAAGAGCUGAGGAUGGCUUGCCUGGGAUUCCAGCUUUGGUUUUUCUUCUGGUCCCAGUUGUUUGUUUAACUCAUGCACGGUGUCUGCCCCUGUUUGAGUUCCUCACUGCAGACCUGCUGCCCUGUCUCCAGGCUCUUCCUCUCUCCUGUCCUGGGGAAAGUGUCUCGUCACUUCUCUCAUCAUUCUAUUUCUCAUCAUUCCACCCAAGCGCCCUGUUGCUGUGGAAAGUGGCUCCUGAGGGCAGGUUCAUUUUUCUGUUUUACCCCCAGCAAAAUGCUCGCUCAGGUGUGAGGGUUGCAAUUGCAGGGAGGCUUAAACUGCUCUGAAUUUUGGGUUUCCAUUGCCUGGCCCCCUCCUGACCUGCUGGCUGUGUUCUCACACCUCACCCUCCCAUCUCCCCUGCCCUGGGGGCCUGUCCUGCUUGAUUUCAUGCCAGGGCUAGUGCAAGGGCAAGCUGGAAGCAGCAAGAACGCAUCAGCAUGGACUUAAGCAAUCCCACCCUUAAAAACAGGUUAUUUGCUCUAUACUGUGACUCCUUGGCAGCCAGAAGGUUCUUGUUGCUGAGAGGACAGUGCUGGUGGAGAGGACAGGGUUGGAGGUAGCAGCUACCCAGGGAAUUUUCAUUUAGUGUGAGGUCAGUCUAGAUAACAUGUUGCUAAACCCUGAGCCUGGAGCACUAGAAGCUUUUGUUGUAACCUGGUCAGGACCUUGCUGCCCAGCUCUAUUUGUGCGGGCAGACAGAACCCCUUAUGGUUGCUCAUGCUGCAGAACUGGCCCCUGACAUCCCCACAGCUGCCACCCAGGCCCCUGGGCUUCAUUCUCUCCCGUCUUUGGGACUAGUUCUGUGGCCACCAUCAUGCUGCUGGGCCUCCCCGUGCCCAUUGUUCGUGGUUAGAGCACUCCGACAGUGUGUGGGGCGUCCUCUCCUCCUGCCUCCGUGUCACCCCUCUGCCUUCCACCUGGGGCUGGGGGCUCACGGCCCCCGGGGGGCUGGGGCAGAGCAGGGUGGGGGACAGCAGAGCUGCAGCGCUGUGAAACCACGCACACGGGUCUCGCCGGAAAAUAGAAAAACCUCACAGUGACAGAGAUGGGAGUACAUCUCUGUGGCUGCGGAGAUGCCAAGGAGUCCUCACUGCUCAGCCAAGGCAGACUGGCUUGCUGCUACACCAAAGAAAUUCGGAUUCAAGAGGAACAAGUUUUCCAAGGGCUGGAGAUGUUCUUGCUUUCUUCCAUUGACUUUUUAUUUGCCUUUCCCGGCUGCCCUUGAGCUGAUGUUUGGCUGAUGUUCUCCUGAGUGUGCUGGGGAUAACGGACUUAACGUCGGUCCAAGGCUUCGCCACCUUGGAAGUGUGCUGCUGAUGCUAGAGCAGACUUGGCUGUCUCUGCUGAUCUAGAACCCCAAGGAGUGUCUGGAGAGAGGUUCCUGCUGGCCCAAACCAAGGCUCCCUGGGAAACACGGUCUCCUGGGGAGCCAUCUCUGCCCCAUUUACAACUGCUGAGGUUGUCACUGAAGCCUGCUGGGUUCUCUUCUGGACCAGUUAUUCCAAGCAGUUUGUUUCAGGCCCCGUGUCCCUUGGCUGAGCAUGACGGGGGACACAUCGUCCUCGGUGUGCUCCUCAAAGCUGCUGCUCGUUGGGCUUUUGGAAGUGUUGUGCUUGCACUCCUUGGCAGGGUUCCUGCCCAGCGUCUUGUCCCUCUCCUGGGAAACUUCCCUAGCUCAGGCCAACUGUGGGACAUUGUGUCCCGUGGUCAUGGCACAGCACAGGGGUGGAACCAUGUCUAGUGACCACUGGGAAGGGUGGUGACUUUUGGGGGCAUCUCCCCGCCUCGAUCUCUAGGGCUGGCACUGCCUGUGUGUCUGUCCCAGGGGGUGACACUGCUGCAGGGGGGCCAGGGCUCCAUCUGCUCCCUCUUCCACACCCAUUCUUUGGUCCCAUCUCCCUCUGUUCUUCCCUCAACCCUUCACCCCGGGGCAGGGUCACGUUCCCGGUGCCCGUGUGUCCCCGGGGUGGGGGGUGGGAAGCACUGCCCUCUCCCCCCAGCUCCCACUCGACUCCCCGCAUGACUUGAAGCGAGACUGUCAUUUUAUUAUUAUUUUGUUGUUGUUGUUGUUAUUAACCUCUCUGUGCCUCAGUACCCAAUUUGGGGUAAAAAACAAAAAAAAAAGGGGAUGGACCCAAGUUCUGGAAAGCAGUUUGGGAGCUCUGCGUGCAACGUGGUGCUACGCUUUCCUGGGUAUAUCUGGCCAUUAAUGCUUCUGUUCCCGUUCAGCAGCUACACCGGGAAGGUGGAAGUGAUGCUUGAGUAGGAAGUAGAGCCUUUUUUCCUUCAGAAAAAACCCAAAACCGGGCAAUCUGGCAGCACUCAUUCACCCAACAGCUCGGCCUCUGCGCUGCCACGGUCCUUGAGGCCUGUGCUCCGUAUCCAGCCCGCUUUUGCGACUGCCAGCCCGUCGUACCUGGCGCACAGGGGACGCUUAGUUAAUUAAACAACUUCAUUAAUUAAUCGGUGGUGGUGAGGGGAGGGGGGUGAGAUUUGCCGUCCGAAGGUUGUGGCGCGGGGCUCCGGAUGUCUGCAAAUAAAUAAAGCCGUGCGGUGGCGAGGC